GAAAAGUUAAUUUCCUUUCUCUCUUACAUCUUGAAGUUACUCACUAUAAAUUUAUACAAAUCAGACGUAAUGACACUUCAAUUUAAGAACUUCAAGCCCUAUUUAUCCCGUGGGAGUACUACUCUGACGUCUUUCUGAGAGCUUUGUGAUUGCUCAGUCCUAAGUAUAAGCCCUAUAAAAUGAAGGGCUUUGAAAUGCUGGUCAGGGUAGAGUGAAAAGCAGUUGCUGGCAAUAAUAGCCAACUCUUAGACCAAGUUCUGGCUCUGCUUUAGAGGCAGAGAGUGGAUCUUUUUCUUGGGUGCACACGAGUUCAGAACCUGGGACAGCUCCAAUAGUCUCUUGACUAAAUACACUACACUGCAAGGCAAAGAGAUGGAGCCUACAAGUAAGUCCCAGCAACUUGUGCUCCUGACACUUUUCAGCAUGCUCUUCUCACAAACUUUGGCCUGGCCUCCUUUUGAAGCACCCCCAGCUUUGAGAACACCAUUUGAAGGAGCAAGUGAACCUGACCAAGCAUCAUUACAAGCAGACACAGACAUCUUGCAAAGCUCAUUAGCUGAAAACAACACACCUUAUUAUGAUGUAUCCAGGAACACCAGACAUGCUGAUGGAGUUUUUACCAGUGACUAUAGCAGACUUUUGGGUCAACUUUCUGCCAAGAAAUACCUGGAGUCCCUUAUUGGGAAGCGAAUUAGCAAUAGCAUCUCAGAAGACCGGGGACCAAUCAAACGCCACUCGGAUGCAGUCUUCACUGACAAUUACACCCGCCUCCGGAAACAAAUGGCUGUAAAGAAAUACCUGAACUCGAUUCUGAAUGGGAAAAGAAGUGAGGGGAAAUCUUAUGACUUUCCUGAAGAGUUAGAAAAAUGAUGAAAGAGCUCUUUGGAGCAAAUUUGCUGACAGCUUCCCAACGAAUUCUUGAAGGAAAACAACAGGAAAAUGAUUACAUUUUGAGUUCUACAUAAAUCAUUCAAGAUAACUUCCAUAUCAAACCAAAUACAGUAUGUUGUGUAGUGAAUGUUGUGACUUAUUUUAUUCUAAUGUAUUAACUGUGAUGUUUACAUUGUAAAUAUUGUUUGAGAGCUCUAAGAUUUGUUAACUCAUGAAAAACCCUGUCAUUUCAUAUGCUGUGUAUUCUUCCUAGCAAAAUCUACUUAAUGAUAGGUAAAUACUAGAUUAAUUCCAAUUAUAUGAGGCUUUUUGGAAAGGCAGUCAUAGAGCGAAUUUUAUAAUUGAUGUGCUUAUUCGUGGUACAUACUUAACUACUCAGAAGAAUGAAGCAGAUAAUCAGAGUUCUGUAUUUUAAUGCUAAGCACAUAGAAUGCUGUAUAAAAUAAACCAAACCUCAGAAAAGCUAAGGAAAUAUCAACAAUGAGAACAGAAAGACAAUCUUUAAAAAAAAAAAAAGGACUUUUGGAAAAUUUAAUUAAUUUACAUAUUAUUGGGCAGUCUUUAAAAAGGAGUUGAAAAGCUCUUGAAUUUGGAUUUUUCACUGUCAAAGGGUCUCUUCUGGUUUAGUAUCUCAGUUAAGAAGAAUGGAUUCUACUUCUGAUAUCAUACCUUGUCCUUAUGCUUAUGUUAAAUGUGUGUAAAAUGUAAAGUAAAUGGCACAUUUGCUUUUCAGUAGUAAAUAUGUUUUCCAUAAUCGCUGAAAGAAAUGCUCUAGUCAUACCAGCUUCCUUGAGUAAAAGUGCAUUUGGAGACACAACUAUUUUUCCAAGUGAUUGUAAGAACUUUAACAUAGGAAAUAAAGACCUUUGAUUAUCAUUGCA